CUCGGCUCUGAUUGGUCAAUUUGGGGACCAGGAAAUGAAACAUUGAUGGUUUCCCUUCAUCAGUCUGUGGAUGCUCAAGUGCCUGUGUGCACAGCUUUUUGGCAAUAACUCCUGUAUUUUUUGAGGAGGGGGGACCUACCAACUGUCAACAUGUCGAGCAAACGGGCCAAGGGGAAGAACACCAAGAAGCGUCCUCAGCGCGCCACCUCCAAUGUGUUUGCUAUGUUUGAUCAGUCGCAAAUCCAGGAGUUUAAGGAGGCUUUCAACAUGAUUGACCAAAACAGGGAUGGUUUCAUUGACAAAGAAGACCUCCAUGACAUGCUGGCCUCAUUAGGUAAGAACCCCACAGACGAAUACCUGGAGGCGAUGAUGAAUGAAGCGCCGGGUCCAAUCAACUUUACGAUGUUUCUGACCAUGUUUGGAGAGAAGCUGAACGGCACAGACCCUGAAGAUGUGAUCCGUAACGCUUUUGCCUGCUUCGACGAGGAAGGCACAGGCAUGAUCCAGGAGGAGUACCUGCGGGAGCUGCUCACUACGAUGGGUGACAGGUUUACAGAUGAAGAAGUGGACGAGCUCUUCCGUGAGGCCCCAAUUGACAAGAAAGGCAACUUCAACUAUGUAGCAUUCACGCGCAUUUUAAAGCACGGAGCAAAGGACAAAGAUGAUUAGUGACCGAGGUGUCACUGGAUGAGGUUUAUUCAGUACAUCCUGUGUAUAGGUUUCCAUUUGGCUUGUGACAAAGCUUCACAGUGGUAUAGCCUUUUUUUGGUUGGACCAUACCUCUGGACCCCCCUCCAACCCCUCAACCCCACUCUUAAAGCUCAUUUGCACAUCUGUGAUAACACCACUAAGGGUCUGUAUAAGCUAGCAAAGAUGCAUGUAAAGACCCAAUGGAUAAAGCUGGAAAUAAACUGAAAAAAGGUCUGAC